UUGGCUCCCACUUCACUAGCUACUUUCCAAUUUAAGAAAGGAAAUGGCAAUGUCAACAUUUUUGAUCUUUCUCAUUUUCUUCAUCUCUCUCCUGGUUCCUAAUCUUGUUUCUUCCUCAGCUGUUCAAGACCCUGAAUUGGUUGUAGAUGAAGUUCACAAGAGUAUCAAUGCUUCGAGGAGGAACUUGGCUUACUUGUCCUGUGGAAGUGGGAACCCCAUUGAUGACUGCUGGAGGUGUGACCCCAGUUGGGAGAGUAACCGUCAAAGGUUAGCUGAUUGUGCCAUUGGGUUCGGGAAGAAUGCCAUGGGAGGCAAAAAUGGUCGAAUCUAUGUUGUUACAGAUGCUGGUGACGACGACGCUGUGAAUCCUAGGCCAGGCACUCUGAGGCAUGCUGUGAUCCAAGACGAGCCAUUGUGGAUCAUUUUCAAGACAGACAUGGUGAUCACGUUGAAGGAAGAGCUAGUCAUGAACUCUUUCAAGACCAUUGAUGGUAGGGGUGCAAGCGUUCAUAUUUCGGGAGGACCAUGCCUCACCAUCCACUAUGUGUCAAACAUCAUCAUCCAUGGUAUCAACAUACAUGACUGCACGCCAGGUGGUAGUACCAUUAUAAGAGACUCUCCUCAACAUGCCGGGCAUUGGACUCCAUCGGACGGUGAUGGCGUGUCCAUCUUUGCGAGCAAGAACAUCUGGGUUGACCACUGUUCACUGUCUAAUUGUCAUGAUGGACUCAUCGAUGUCAUCCAUGGAUCCACCGCCGUGACUAUCUCCAACAACUACAUGACCCAUCAUGACAAAGUCAUGCUCCUGGGCCACAGCGAUUCCUAUACGCAAGACAAGGACAUGCAAGUCACCGUUGCCUUUAACCAUUUUGGAGAAGGGCUAGUGCAACGAAUGCCAAGAUGUAGACAUGGAUAUUUCCAUGUGGUGAACAAUGAUUACACACACUGGGAAAUGUAUGCCAUUGGUGGUAGUGCUGACCCUACUAUCAACAGCCAAGGGAAUAGAUUUCUUGCACCUGAUGAUGGAUCUAAGAAGGAGGUGACCAAGCAUGAGGAUGCACCAGAGAGUGAAUGGAGAAGCUGGAACUGGAGGUCAGAAGGGGACUUGAUGUUGAAUGGAGCCUUCUUCAGGCAAUCAGGUGCUGGUGCAUCUUCAACCUAUGCCAGGGCUUCUAGUCUGAGUGCCAGACCAUCUUCUCUCGUGGGUGCAAUGACUGUGACUGCUGGUGCACUUAACUGUAGGAGGGGCUCCCGCUGCUAGUUCUUGACUUAGCAGUAACCCAAUAUAAAUAUAUUUAUAUUAGCAAAAAAUAACAUCAAAAUGAGGAGUGUAUUAGGUGCCUUUUCCUGGCCGGCAGUUGAAGUAUAGCAUGUAUUUCUAGUUUUCCCUGUUUGCUUAUAUUAAGAAUGUCAUGAAGCGACAACCUCUGCAUGUUGCCUUAGAAACCAACAUCAAAUUUCUUGUUGUAUGGAUGGAGCAAAAGCAUGCAUCUGCAGCAGUGUUGAUUUAAUUUUAUCUCAUAUGAAUGGCCAAAGACUUGUUUGUUUAAUCUUAUA